UUAAUACGGAGAAUAAUUGUUUUAUUUGUAAAGUAAAUUAAGGUUUUUUUUUAAUUUCAUGGAGAAAGAAAAAAUGAAUUAUGGGAAAAAAGAUACUUAACCCUUUCACACAUGAGGCAUCAUUGGUGACACUUAAACACAAUUUUUUUUAAAAAUCAAAAAUAAUGAAAAUCUACUGAAAUUCUCGUGUUAACGGUUGACAAGUUACAGUAAAUCAAAGAACAUAAACACUGAGUUAAAGGGCUAAACAACAUUUUAAUAUCUAAAUGUCUGAAUUAUGGUGAUAUAUGGAGACAAUAUCUAAGAAAAAGUCAGCUAAAAAGAAUAAUAAUAGUCAGGGUGGGUGUGGGCCUGCCCUCCACUGAAACUUUGGUUAGUUACGCCCCUGCUUCCCUCUCCAGCGCCUCAGGCACAAAAGUGACCAAACUGGACUCCAGAGCUGACCGUUCUGGAUAAAAGCCCGUUUCAAUCCACCUGUCGUCUUUACACAUUCUUUAAGCUUCUUUUGCGGACAACAAUGUUUAGAUAGAAUCGGUAUGUAAAGUGCCGUCAGCAAAGCCUCUUUCUCUGUGCGUUAUCAGCGCAAAGAGGGCCCGCCCCGUUAUAAAGCAACUCCCUGGAUCACGCCUGGGUCGAAGUCUGUCCUCAACUAACAAUAGACACCAGAGGAAGUCGGUCUGACUUUCUAUUAUUUAUUUGUUUUACGCGAGGAAAAGUACUUUUUUAAAAUUUGUAUAAAGUUUUUUUUUUUUUUUUUUUUAAUCUCCAAAUGUCUCUCCUGCUGAAAUCCAGCCUUUUGGCGCUGCUGGCUCUCCUCCUCACUCUGCAGCUUGUUCCUGUGGGGGCUAACUGGAUUAUAGCCCCCAGAAAGAUUGUUGAAAACCAGGACUACACCACAUAUGACUACAUUGCAAGAAUUCGUUCCGAUAAGGAAAACUUUACAAGCAUCAGAUAUUCCUUACGUGGGGAAGGUUAUGACGAAUCCCCCUUUGGUGUGUUCAGCAUUGAAGAGAAGUCUGGCAACGUGAGAAUUCUUCAGAUCCUGGACAGAGAGCAGUUCAACAAGUACAAUUUGAAAGGUGUGGCAAAAUACCUGAACGGGAGCCGCGCUGAAGUCGACAUCGACCUUGUGAUUAAAGUUGAGGAUGAGAACGACUGUAAACCGGUCAUUGAAAUGCAGCAAGUGGGAUACGUCAAGGAAUCCAGUGCAGCGGGCACUAUUGUCAUGAUUGUCAAGGCUACUGAUGCUGACGAAACAGGGACACCCGCCUCACAAAUUUUCUACAGAAUAGAUCAAUCAAGCAACGCAGCCGGGAUGUUCUCCAUCAACUCCGUGACUGGGGAGAUCUUUGUUCAACGGAACAGACUUGACAGAGAGAUGCAAGACACAUACAAGUUGAUUAUCAUUGCCUCUGACCUUAACGGCGCAGCAGGAGGCAACUCAGGAACCGGAGAAAUUGAGAUUAAACUUUUGGACAUAAACGACAACGUUCCUACGCUGGAGAGAGAAUCGUAUGAGGGAUUUAUCAAAGAGAACACCAUAGGCAUGGAGGUCAUGAGGAUAAAAGCUGUUGACAUGGAUCUGGUGAACACGGAAAACUGGCUGGCUGCCUUCGAAAUAGUUUCGGGGAACGAAGGCGGUUAUCUCAGCAUCACAACUGAUGCUGCGACCAAUGAGGGAGUCAUCACUGUUGUCAAGGCUAUUGACUAUGAGGAAUUGAAGACAUUAAAUCUGGCUGUGAGGCUCUCCAACAAGGCGGAGUACAACUUUGGCGCCUCCGGCGGCUCGGCAGGGUCGUCGUCGUCUAAAACCUACCCCAUCAAGAUAAAUGUGGAGAACGUAAAAGAGGGCCCCCGCUUUCAGCCAAACGUCAAGGUGGUGGCGGUGUCCGAGGCGGCUGGAUCCAGCAUGAACCAAGUCAUUGCCACUUACACCGCUAUUGACAGCGACACGCUGAAGACCGCCACCAACGUCAGGUAUGUUAAGCUCGACGAUGAAGACAACUGGAUCUUUAUUGACGAAAAAACGGCUGAAAUCCGUCUGACUAAACUGCCGGAUAGAGAGUCCAAGUUCUUGAUCAACGGAACAUAUUAUGCCAAAAUUUUAUGCAUCACCAACGACGCACCAUCCUUCACUGCGACGGGAACUGUAGCCAUCCAAGUGGAAGACUUCAACGAUCACUGUCCCCAACUCACCUCCACCAGUCAGACCUUGUGCUACGAAGACAACGUCAUCUUCGUCACGGCUGAAGACAAAGACGAGUUCCCAAAUUCUGCACCGUUUGACUUCACUGUGAUUUCUGAUAGCACGGAUCAGAAGUGGACGAUAGAACCUCUUAAUGGAACUUCAGUCAUCCUGCGAGAUCAGGCUCAUCUGUGGCCAGGCAUCUACAAAGUGGCAGUGCAAGUCAAGGACCAGCAGGGAAAGUCUUGCGAUGACUUGCAGACAAUAGAUCUGACCGUGUGCACGUGCCUGCAGGGCUUCAAGACCUGCACGGCCCGCAGUUCCAAAUCUGUUGUUUUUGGGGCCGCUGGUGUCCUGCUCAUGCUGCUGGGACUGCUGCUGCUGCUGCUGUUGCCUCUUCUGCUGUUGUUCUGCCUGUGUGGAAGUGCAGCGAGGGAUUUCAAGGCUCUUCCCUUCGAUACAAAAGAACACUUGAUGCAGUAUUCUACUGAAGGACAGGGUGAAGACAAGGGUAUUCCCUAUGUGCCAAUAUCUAUAGAAAGUGGUGAUAUCCAACUGGGUGUAAAGGACAUAAAUACUUAUGGCGGACAGGGAUAUCUGCAAGGUGGAGGAUCAACUUUGGGCGGUGCUGUAAAUAUGUCCACCUUAACUGCCGAAAACAAGCAUCUUUACAGCCAGUAUGGGCAGUCUUUUGUGCACGAUCAGACAGACUUCAUGAGCUCUGGCAUGACAGGACAAGAGAUGGGCUUCUCCAGUUACAGAGGAGGAGCCUUCGAUGGGAUAGCUCUGUCUGAUCGUUUCUUGGAGGAAUACUACGUCACGAAAUCUAACAACGCCUCCCAGCAGUUACAGGUGAAUGACCAGUCCCUGAUCUACGACUAUGAAGGUCGAGGGUCACAGGCAGGUUCCGUUGGCUGCUGCAGCCUCCUUGAAAACGAAAACGAUCUUGAGUUUCUCAAUGACUUGGGGCCUAAGUUCAAAACCCUGGCCGAAAUUUGCCUAGGAUCCACCCUGGUGACCGAGUCUGUGAAUGCAGGAGUUUCUGUCCCACCCGUCCGACCGGUGACUCCCGUCAGGCCUCCCGCCUCGACCCACGAGCACAUCCACACACACUCGGAGACGGUCAGGGAUCACGCCGACUCCCUCAGGACCUCCAAUGUGGCCUCUGGCUCCUCCACCGUGCUCCAGGAGGAACGGUUCUCUGAGAGAGUGCAGAGUUCAGCCCCAAAAGUGCACGUCCAAGAUAACAUAGUCAUUCCCAACCAGACGCUGUACAUUCAGCAACCUGCCAUUUACUAUACUGCCACACCAAUGUAUGUAGUUGAGCCCAACCCCCAAAUGGUGCUGGUGUCAGGGGGUACCCAGCAGGCAAUGGGACAGGUGAGUCAGGUUGGGUUGAGUCAGGGCAUAAUGCAGGUUGGCAGCAUCCAAGGAUCUCAGGGUGUGGUUCUUGUUGACGGGCAGUUGGGAGCGGGUGGGGCUACAGGACAGUUGGCACAAGGCGGGUCACAGGAAACCCUGUCCAGGUCCCAAACCACCUCCAGGUCCCAACAAGUGUAUGUGGUUGAGAACGGCUCCUCCAGGGGAGGGUUGGGUACUCAGGCGGCACAGGGCUUAGUCCAAACAGGACGGGGAUCUGCAGAGGCUGGCUUCCAGUUCAGGAGUGCAGGUGUGCAGGAGAAGGCUUUUUCGACAGGAUCACGUGGCUCAGCGGGGUCAAACGAGGAUUUCACCCUGACGGCCAUGCCCAAGGCGCAAGGCAGGCAGAGGGUUGUUACUCAGCACAAAAAGAUCUCAGUAACGGAGAGAAACAUCGAUUAGAACGGUUUAGCCGGUCCGCAGAUGGAAAGGCGUGUUUUUGUACAGUGACGGUUUUUUACAGCACACUUAUUGUUUUUGGUUAUUUCAUUUGGGGAGACGACUUUGCUUUCUGGAUUGAGUUUUCAUCUGUUUCAGCUCAUACAGUAUUAGUGUUAAUACAUCUGAAGAAUUCUGGUAAAUAAAAACUAUUUCGCCUUCA